AUGGACAACCGACCGGCGACCGAGUACGCGCAGUCAGGUUCGCACCACCCAGCACCACCCAGCGACACACCUUCUGAACAACCCGCAGACCAGACUUCUGCUGCAGCCACUGCUCAUUAUACCCCUCAACCAGAGGUCCGCCCAACUCAGUACACCCCGCAGCCUGAGGUGCGACCCGCCAACAUUUCGGCAUCCAACACCCCGCAACCAGACUACGGUCUGAACCCCCCGGCCGCCCGUUCGCCCGCUUACCAGGAUUACCUCCCGCGCCCACCGUCGUACGCGCCAAACACCCAGCCAGGCGGUGCGGCAGGUAUGGCUCAAGCUACCAGUCCGUACAUCACCUUGCCUGCGGGGCAGCGCAGCCCCUCGAACCUGAAGUCUGACGCGGCCGUUCCUAUAGAUCCCUCGCUGCCGGCCAACAGCCCUUCCUACCCUCCCCCCUACUCUCCCUACCAGCCACAGGGUCACGAAAUGGCUCAGUACCAGAGUCACCCCCCGCCUCACCAGAUGUACACCCGUCCAGAAUGGCCUCACCACUAUGGCCAACAGCCUCAUGGCAUGCCAGGGCCUUAUGCCUCUCCGGCUACUACGGUUGGUUCUGCCUCCCCUGCUGCGACCGCCGUGCCGCGUUCUGAUAAGGUCUAUUCUUUUGUCCCGAUCCCUGGUGCACAGCAGCACAAGCGACCCCGUCGCCGCUACGAGGAGAUUGAGCGUAUGUACAAGUGUGGGUGGAAUGGCUGUGAAAAGGCAUACGGAACGUUGAACCACCUGAAUGCGCAUGUGACGAUGCAGUCGCACGGUGCUAAGCGGACCCCAGAAGAAUUCAAGGAGAUCCGCAAGGAAUGGAAGGCUCGUAAGAAGGAGGAAGAGGCCCAGCGCAAGGCCGCCGAGGACCGCGAGCGUGCUGCCGCUCAGUCUACUCCCAGCCAGGUUGACCAGCCUGGUCAUUCUGAUCCCUCUCAGGUGGGCCAGCCGCCUGCCUACGCUAGUGGAGUUCGUCCGCAGCUGCCCCCGAUCGGUUACCAACCUGCCGAUGGCCAGGUCCCCAGCCAAUAUGGUGCUCCUGGUGGUGGCAUGGUCUACCAAAACAAUGGACAGAUGGGCUACCCUCCCAACUACCCCCACUCUCCCUACCAGAGUGGCCCCGUGUACCAGCAACGUGAGUAA